AUUUCUUUAAAAAAAUUUUGUUGCUAUUCUGUGCAUAUAUAUAUAUACACACACACACAUACACAUAUAUAUAUAUAUAUAUAUACACACACACACACACUAUAUUGCCAAUCACAUCCAUGGCCACAGGUGUGUAAAAUCAAGCACCUAGGCAUGCACACUGCUUCUACAAACAUUUGUGAAAGAAUGGGAUGCUCUCAGGAGCUCAGUGCAUUCAAGCAUGGUACCGUGAUAAUUUGCCACCUGUGCAAUAAGUCCAACGGUGAAAUUUCCUUGCUACUAAAUAUUCCACGGUCAGCUGUUAGUGGUAUUAUAACAAAGUGGAAGCAACUGGAAACAACAGCAACUCAGCCACGAAGUGGUAGGCCAUGCAAAAUGACAGAGUGGGGUCAG